AUGGCAUCAACGUCUAAGGAUACAUUCUCAUCAAACGCUACCAAUCAGGAAGAUUUGGAGAAUGAUUUGGGACCAGGAGCUUGUCCAGAGAGCAUACUUAAUCCAACUGAUACAUUUGAAGAAAUCGAGUCUGAAAUGAGCUCCGACCCAAUAGAAAGGCAUUCCACUCUUACUCUUAAAAGCAGUACAAUUAGUGAAAUCCAAAGUGAGAUUGGCGAAUCCUCUAAAGAUAUAAAAACAGUUAAAUCAUGCGAUGACUUAAAAAGUAAAGAUGAAGCCAUGUCUUCAUCUGCUAGUACCUCAAAUAUAACAGAACAAAAUGGAGAAGAUGUUUGUAAUGAUAAAGAUGAAUAUUUACAGUCACCGGAACUGGUUAACAAAGAGAAACAUGUUUUCAUAUUGAGUACUGCAGGAAAACCAAUAUAUUCAAGAUAUGGUAAUGAAGAUAAAUUGGCUGGCUUAUGUGGGGUCAUCCAAGCUCUUGUUAGUGUAGUUGAAGAUCAAAACCAGGAUAUCCUAAGAUCUAUUAGCACUAAGGACUGUAAAGCAGUAUUUUUAGUGAAAGGUCCACUUAUACUUGUUGCAGUAUCCAAAUCGAAUGAAAGUGAAACACAAUUGGUGAUGCAAUUGACAUACGCAUUCAACCAAAUAGUAUCCGUCCUAACUCUCACACAGUUGAAUAGGAUUUUUGAACAACGUCGCAAUUACGAUCUAAGAAGACUUCUGGCCGGGGCAGAAAGGCUAAUAGACAAUCUGCUGAUAUUUAUGGAAAAGGAUCCCGCCUUUUUAUUGGGCGCUGUCAGAUGUCUGCCACUGCCGGAAAAAGCGCGGGAAAACAUUACAAACGCCAUUAUAUCCACAUGUAAUAAGAUACGAGAUUUAGUAUUUGCAAUACUCAUUGCUGGCAAUCAAUUAAUAACCUUGGUUAGGAUGAAGAAGUACACAUUGCAUCCAUCUGAUAUACAUUUGCUUUUCAACCUGGUGCGGAGUUCGGAAUCAUUUAAGACUGCUGAAAGUUGGACGCCUAUCUGUCUGCCCAAAUUUGAUGCCACGGGUUUCCUCCACGGCCACGUGUCGUACAUAUCGGAGGACUGCCAGGCGUGCCUGCUCCUGCUGACCGUACAGCGGGACGCGUUCUACCCGCUCUCGCAGGCGAAGCACACCAUCGCCGAGAAGCUGAUCAGAUCCAAGAGCGUCAGCGCCAUCAACGACGCCCUCUGCCGCAGCAAGGAACUACCGACGAGUGACCCGCUAAAGCACAUUGGCAUACCGAUCAUACGUCACUUCAUGUAUAAAUGCAAGUCGACGGCGCAGCUGUUCACGUCUGACCCCAUCAGCCUUGACCGCCUGCAGGACUAUAGGGCGCUGCAUAAGGAGGGCGGUGACGUCACCGCCAGGCGGCCAGAGACGCUCUCGGAAAUAGACCACGUGAGGAACUACAGGAGCUUCUGCAACAGGAUACACUGCGCCACGGUGCCGGCCAAGUUCAUCUUCCAGUCGAACUCGGAUAGCACCGUGUUGGCAUGGAUCACGAAUGGCUUCGAACUGUACGUCACAUUCGAUCCCCUGGUGGAGAAGGAGCAGACGAAGAAGGCGGUAGACCACCUACUGCAGUGGAUCAAGCGCGAGGAGAACAGGAUAUUCAUCAUGAACGCACCAACCUUC